CUCGGCCUUUCUGCGCGAGCCACUUUGACACCGACAGCUCCUGGGCCAGGCGACGUCUACACCGCCGGGGGUCAGUGUCCGAUCUCCUGGAUGCCAGAUACCACAGGCACAUGGAAGAACGUGACUAUCCAACUCAUGUCUGGCCAGAACCUUGCCAUGACCCCUGUCGCACUCGUCGCUGAGAACGUCGACGGCACCGACCCCUCGCUCACGCCUUACAACUGGACCUGUCCGGAGGUGGACCCGAAUAGUGCUAUAUAUUUCUACCAGUUCUCGCAAGACGGUGCGGAUAGCCCCUCGUGGACAGCGCGAUUCGCGAUCUCGAGUCCCGAUGGGAAGGUCGUACCUCCCGAAUACGCAACACAGCCCUUAGGCCAACCCAUCCCGUGGGGCGACGGCCAGCUA